CAGAAAACAAUCGCAGAGAGAAGAAGAAGAAAAUCCAACAUGGCGGCGCCCUGCCACUUCAUUCUCUGACUGAGGUCAGAAUAACUGCCUAAAACAGCUAACCAAGAAGAACAGCAGAAGGGACCAUGUUUCUAGUAAAGACUCGGUGUUUGAAAGCGGCACCUCAGUUGUCUUCUCAGACGGUUUUUUUGAAGGAAUUCAGACCGUUGUCCUCACAUGGAGGAACCAGAAGACACUUCAGCACCAGCCGCUCACUGGCAGCCAAGAUCCCCCCACUGCGCAAGCACCGGGAGAGGGUGGACAUCCCUGGGCUUGAGAUGGUCACCUACGCGGACAGGAUGCACUUCGUGCCGGGGCUGACGAAGCCCGUUAGCCCCCGAUGGGAGAGGGACUACAAGGACCCUCGGUAUUACGAGUCUCCUCCGGCCCACAAGAUGCCGCUCUUCAAAGGGACCCCGUGCUACGUGUUCAACCAGAGGACCAGCGCCCUGGAAGGUGUGCGUCAGGCUCUGUGGUUGACCAAAACAAAACUGAUCCCCCAUCUUCCGCCUCAGCUCCUCUCAUUGACAGCAAAUCCUGCCAAUCAGAUACCAGAUCAAGAUGAACGUGUGCAGAACGCCAUCAAACACGCCCGCUUCUGGGACACAACGCAGGAGCGCCCGCGCAAAGAGAAGUAUAGAAUGAUUACUGCCUCCACAAGUCUUCCUGAGAGUGUGUAUUCCUAUUCCUAUCUCAGCAACACUCUGCUCCUAAACCUACUCCACCUGUGUGCAACUCUCCAGUCCAGCCACCCAGCGAUCGGAAGAAGGAUCUUUUCUGAGAAAUACUCUUUGGCAGCCACAUGGAAAAGAGGUGAGGACAGGUUCCAGAUUAGGGGUCAGAAUGGUUUGCUGCAUAACUGCAUGGAUCCUCUUCCAGAAGUUUCUGGGAAACAAGAAGUUGGCGACACAGUAGAUCAUGUGCUGGAAACUUUGUACCCUGUCUCCCCUACCAUUGACCUGCAGAAAGUCCACGUGUACAAGGAUGAGCCAAACUGCACCGGUUUCAGGGGUGACUACCCUUAUCCUCAUGCCCACACUCUGUACUUUCUGGAGGGAGCCGACGCUCGCUGCAAGCUCCGGCCUGAGCAGUUCAGAGCCAAGAUGCUUAUGUUCACCUUUGGAAACGCUCUGGUCCGUGCACACAAAGUCUAUGGGAGCCAUCCCCGGCACGUACUAGAUUGUCCCAUAACGGUACAGGCAGUGGGGACCAACGGCCGGAUUUUCCAGUUCAUGGUUCUCCAGCUCAACACCACAGAUCUUUCAGGAGACGACGGCAUCAAGAACCAGGUGUGGCUGGAGGAAGAUGUUGAGCUCUAUGACUUUGCAAAAGUGCGACCACUCAUCAAGAAGAAGCAGGUGAAGGUACCAGCUGGUCUGACAGGAUACAAGCCUGAAGUCUUCAACAAGUUCCUGGCACUGUACCUGCACGGCGCUGUGUAGGACUACACACAGGAACAUCUACAUCACAAUGUUUGUAAUAAUGACGUAUACACCGUCUCUGUCUAUGGAGAUCACACACACCAGUUACACAUUAGACUCUAGCGUUCGUUCGAACUUCUGUGACUAAGACAAAACAUUUCUCAUUCACACAACACCUUGAUUUAUGUUGUGAGAAAUGUUCAUCCUCCGAGCUGAAGAUGAACACACUAGUAGUGUAGUGUGUCAUGUGAAGAUGCAGAGCAGUAACAUUUUUUAUGUCAAUAUGUUCAGGUUCGGCUACUUUGAGAAAUAAAUGUUCUCACUCCGUGAACUUCUUUUAUUUGGCCAAAAGUUUGAAUCAUUUAAAAAAGUUUUGUUCUUUACAAUAAAAAAAUGCAUACAAUAAUGUAUUCAAAAUACAAAUAAAUGAAUUCAAAGUAUUUUGCGGUUAAAUAUAUGAUUUAGUUUUUUAAUCUUUUCAAUUAAAAUAUACACCAUA